AGUGAACCAAACACAAAACACACACAUGCGCCCGCGCGCCUCUGACAAUGCGGCCCAUACAAGGAGAGUACACUGAUCGAGUUAACUGAAACUGGCGGGGGGAAAUAGAAAAGGAAGAACAAUGGUUUUGUUGUUGACACAGACAAGAGAGGACACAGGAAACAAGGUGGAGACAGCAGUGGGUCAGUCUGGUUGUUUGUUGUUUAGUCAGUGGAAGUUGUUUAUUUGUUUGCUGUGCUACGGUGACAGAUCAAGAUGUCAGGACAAAACAGUGAUCAACUGCACCGCACCACUCUGGGCAUUUAUACGAGCAUAAUGGAGCAGUUCAAUCCAAGCCUGCAGAGACUGGUGGCACUGGGAAACAGUUACAUUCAGGCUUUCCAAGCCCUUGCCGUCACAAGUGAGGCCUAUUUCAAUGCUCUGUCUAUGAUGGGUGAACAGGCCAUGCAGAGUAUGUCAUCGCGUUUGCUGGGUGAUGUGUUGAUACAGAUCUCAGACAGUCAGAGGAGACUCACCAAUGAGCUGGAGGGAAUGUUCCACUGGUUCCACUCCGAGGUCCUUCAAGAGAUGAACAACAAUGUCAGACUAGAUAAAGAUUACAUAUUGAACAGCAGGAGGCGCUAUGAGAUGGAGGUGAGAAACCAAGCAACAGCACUGGAGAGACAGAUGAGGCGAGGGGUCCCACAGGAUGGCAGCGAGUAUGUGCACUUUCUCAGAGAAUGUCAGAAAGAGGCAUUAAAAGAGGAAGAAAGAAGAUAUCGAUUCCUGGCAGAGAAACACUGCGGAUUCACCCAGUCUAUUGCAUAUCUCAUGAGCAAGACAGGGGGCAGCCUGCAAAACAGAGCAGAGGGGUGGAAAGAUCUAGUGAAUCACACAAGAGAAUCCCGUCCACGCACUCCUUCACGAUUGGAGGACAACAUUCUUGAUGUUAAUCGCUGGGCAGAGCAGCCGCUGGGAACGGUUCCCUCUAGAGGCCCCUCCCCACAGCCCAGUCGUUCCAACUCUGUCUCAGGAUUGGCUGGUGGCAGAGUGAUGCGAGCGCUGGUGCCCCACCCUCCCAAUGCCAACUCCACCCUCCUGCCGUUCUCUCAGGGAGAAACCAUCACACUGCUUGUUAAAGAGCCUAGGAACGGCUGGCUGUUUGGCCGCUCGGAUAGCUCUGGACGGCAAGGCUGGUUCCCUGCUGCUUAUGUGGGCCCCAUGGAUGAACCACCUGGGCCACCUGUUUCCAGUAGCAGUUCUUUUAGAAGCAGCAGCAGUAUGACUAACCUUCUCGACCAAACCAUGAGCAGCAGCCAACAAAUAUCUCCGCCUGCACCUCCGCCGCCGCCGCCACCUCCAUCAACCAGAUCUAGCAAUUCCAGACCCGUGACUCCCACACCUUCAGAAAACAGGAGACAAGAUCACUAUGAGUCUCGGCCAGAACUUUUUCCAAGAGGCACAAAUCCAUUUGCCACUGUGAAGCUGAAACCCACCAAAACCAAUGACAGAUCAGCUCCACGCAUAUGAAUAAUAUUUCAACCAAUGGUCUUCAACAGCUAAUCAGUGCUGCACAUUUUUACUAUACAUUGUUCGGCCAUAUUAAAAAACAUUACUUUUUCAGCAUAAUCAGUGCAAAGCAUCACAUUUAAGACAAUGUGACUCAACAAUGAUCAAUGACUGGUCUUUAAAAGUGCAUUAAAGCAGGUAGUUGUAAAUAAAUGUACCUUUAUCUUCAGGGUGUUGGAGGGUCGGCGGCAGCAAACACAAUUAAUAACACUCUUUUAUAUACAGUGACCCCAUAAAGUAUUUGGACACUUAAAGUCACACUUAAAAUAUAUGAAUUUCAUGGUGUGGCAUAUACAGUACAAACAAAUACUGCAGGUGGUUUUUAGUGGAUGUAUGAAGCCAGUUCUUCUCAAGUUCACACAUGUGUCCUAUCAGAGUAAACGCAGGUUACUAUGGACAAGUUACACUAACAUUUGAUAACCAGAAAGUCACACAACACUGUUUAUCUUUAUUUUGAAUGGUAUACCUAUCAUUUGAAACAUCUUUUUGAGAAUUUUUUGGCUUGAAAAGUGUUAAGUUAAAAAUGUAUUUCUUUAAACUAAAUGCACUUGGUUUGAUAUUGUCAUAUAAUGCAAUGACAUUUUUAAAUGUGGCUUGUGUGUCCAAAUAUUUAAGGUCACUGUAGCAGUGGUUAUUUCUGUGUAUUUUCAAAAAUGACAUCACUUCCUGGUUCUCUUGUGGUUCUGUUUCCUCCAAUCAAUUAUAAAGUGCAGCAGGUUUCAUAUGCUGGAGUUGUGCUGACCAACCAGGAAACGUAAAUUCAGGUCAGCUCAAAUGCUAUUUGAGAUAAGCUGAGAUAAGUGCGUCUUUUUCAUCUUUUACAUUUUAUAAUAAUUGUAUAUAAUAUGCAUUAUGUAGGCAAAAAUACUUCUUAAAGCAUCACGGUUCCUCCAAAUGCACUUUAUAAAUGUAUACUGUGAUGUUUGUUGCCAUUGGGGCUGGUUUAACUACGGUUCUAUGUGGUCUGACCUCUGGGACCCUUCGGCAUCUUUGAUAAGCGACUAUUGGUCUCUCUCUCCCGCUCUGUGCUUGAACUUUGUCUCUCGGCUCAGUUAAUUUAUCUGACGUGCCCAAUUAUAAGCUGCCCUUAAAUUGGCUGUUCUAUCUGCUUAAGUGCCUAUAAAGUGAAUGUUCAUUUUAACCUUGACAGUAAUUGGUGUGACCUUCUCCUGAGGUGUCAAACCCAUUAGUACAAACCCAUUUGUAGGGAUGUCUUGCAUCUAAUCAGCAUGUUCUUUUUCUUUGAGAAUAUUUUAAUUUAAUUGAUGCUGAAUAUUCAGAACAGAAAUAUGUGCCUAUAUCACAGUGGUGAUUUAUGUCUAUUAUGCUUCAAACAGCAAAUACAGUGAAAAGAUAUGAAGUACACUUUCCUAUAGAUUUUGUGAACUAUGCACACAAUUCUUUACAUCUUGAUCUGUUUGCUGAACAAAUAAAAUAAUGUGAAGUUGA